AUGGCACCUCAACGCCCUCAGCCCAGGAACAAGCUCCAAGAAUGGUUCGCCAACACCAGGUUGCCCGUAAUCAUGUCCGCGCCGAUGCUGGGCACGUCCAACGGCACCCUCGCUGCACAUGUGUCUAAGACCGGUGGCUUUGGAUUCGUGCCGGGCUGCUACUCCUUCGAGCCGGGCUCCUCUGACCUUGUCGUCCUCGAGAAGGAGUUGGAGACCGCCCGAUCUGUCCUGGGCCUCACCGAGUUGACUCUGACACCCAUGCCUGUUGGAGUUGGGUUUCUCACGUUGCACCCGUCCGUCAAGCAUUUCCGGGAAACUGCGCUGCCGAUUCUGGAGAAGCACAUGCCCCAGGCAGUCUGGCUCUUCGCACCCGACCCCACCGCCUCAACCCGCGCCCACCCAGACAUUAUUGACGCCUGCCACGACCACGGCCUCAAGGUCUUUGUGCAGGUCGGCACCGUAGCCGCAGCUCGCGAGGCGGCACAGGACGGCGCCGACGGCAUCAUCGCGCAGGGCGUCGACGCCGGCGGGCACCAGUGGGCUCACGGCGCGAGCGUCAUCAGCCUGGUGCCCGAGGUGCAGAUGAUGCUGCGGGAGGAGUUUGCGGGCAGGGAGAUUGCGCUGGUGGCGGCCGGGGGGAUUUCGCAUGAGAGUUCCGUGGUGGCUGCUGUUGCGCUGGGUGAGUUGAUUGCUAAUCAUGCGUGGCAGUUCCUACCCGCCAAAGAGUCCAACUUCUCAGAGGCCAAGAAGAAGGCCGUCCUGGAGACACGAGACGGUGGCGCAUCAACGACGGCGGGCAGAUCGACAUUUCACGAUGAUGUUCAAGGCUCGAAAAUCUGGCCUGCCCUCUACGACGGUCGUGCCAUCGUCACGGACUCAUACAAAGACCAUUCUUCAGGCUUAGCUAUCGAAGAGAACAUAGAGAAACUGCGUGCAGCGAAUGAAGCCGGGGAUUCCUCGAGACAGAUCACUUGGUUAGGAACUGGUGUUGGGCUUGUCAAGGACGCGAUCCCUGCUGCAGAUAUCGUGAGAAAUUUGAGAGAGGGAGCGAAAAGACGCCUGGAGGACAUGCGGUUCGCCUUUGACGAUGAAGGAGAACAGGAGAAGGACAGACCGUGGCUUAAGCAGCUGGGUCAUACGCUGUACAAGCACAAGUAG